AUGGAGACUCAGACCUGCAGCACUUGUUCCACUCCAGGCGUCGACCAGUCCAAAUUUAUUCGGUUUGGCCAGGGAGUUACUGUUGAGGCUCCCCACAAGCUCGUCCACGAUGCAUUCAGCAAGACCGCUGGAAGCAAUCCUUCAGCUGUGGCCGUCGAACACGAUGGAGAUCAAAUUACUUAUGGAGAGCUCGACCUGAAAUCGACAAAUCUCUCUCGAAAACUACUCGGCCUCGGCCUCUGCCCUCAAGAUCGCGUGGUACUGCUAGUGCAACGCUCGAUACCUAUGAUCGUGGCAAUCUUCGCUGUUCUUAAAAGUGGUUGCCAGUACGUGCCCAUGGAUGGAGGGGUUGCUUCAGAUGAUGCUCUGGCACAUGUGUUAUCAGAGGCAGAACCGCCCUUUAUUCUCUGUCUUGCUAGGUAUUCGCAAAGGGCGCACCAAUUUGCUAUGCCUGGGACGCAAAUUCUGUCACUGGAAGACCCCUGGACAACCUUGACCGACUUCGAUGAUGAAACUGGCCAUAAAGUCUUGAUGGAUCCUGAUGAUGGUGCCUACAUCAUCUACACCUCAGGUAGUACUGGGAAACCCAAAGGCGUGGACGUCACACAUCGAAACGUUACGAAUCUACUCACCAUCGCUCCUGGAAACCUCGGCAUCAAGCCCGGACGCAGAGUGGCCCAACUACUAUCGGUUUCAUUUGACAUGGCUGCAUGGGAAAUUUUGGGUACCCUGAUUAAUGGGGGAACACUGUGCAUCAGGACUUCUAACUGGAAUGACGUCUUGAGCAAGGUUGACACAAUUAUUGCGACUCCAACAAUACUCGGAACACUGGAGGAAGAGAAAUUUCCAAAUCUAAAAACUAUUGCUUUGGCGGGCGAGCCUUGCCCAUCAAGGCUUGCUGAUCAAUGGGCUCAGAGUCGCCAAUUUUUCAACUGCUGUGGCCCAACGGAAGUCACAAUUGUCAACACAAUGCACAAGCAUCAGCCAGGGCAAAUGCUCUCGAUCGGUCGGCCUGUGCCAAACACAACGGUCUAUGUCCUUGAUGAGAACGAGGAACCUGCGCCUAUAGGAACUAGCGGCGUCAUGUGGGUUGGGGGUUCUUGCGUAUCUAAAGGCUACGUCAAUCUUCCAGGUCUAACGAAUGCUCGGUACAAGGAGGACAAGUUUCUCAGAAAUGGACGCAUGAUGUUCAAUACCGGUGAUCUAUGCAGGUGGAGAGAAGAUGGCACCCUUGAGCCAUUAGGCCGACUUGAUGAUCAAGUCAAAAUCAAGGGAUUCCGGGUGGAGCUGGAUGGUGUGUCAGCGGUGAUCGAGUCACAUCCCGAUAUAACAAAAGCUUGUGCCCUAAUUGUUGAUGGUAUCUUGUGCGGCUACUAUGUUGCUCCCACCCAAAUCAGCCCUGAUGCGCUCAAAGCAAUUUCUGCAAAGACUCUACCAUAUUAUGCUAUCCCCUCGAGAUGGGUGUGGUUACCCAAGAUCCCGCUGACCUCGAACGGUAAGAUUGACAAGAAGAUGCUGAAAACGUUACCGGCCGCGCCAUGUUCCGGUGAUAUCACUCCUAAGACGCUUUCCAUAUCUUCAUCCAAGUUGGCCUCAGGCUCCCAGUCUUCCGAGGAAGAUGUCACUGAGAAAAAUCCGGCCAGAGUAUUGGUGGCCAAUACUAUUCUUUCAUUGCCUAGUAGUCAAGAAUCUCUGGCUGAGAAGGGGUUCAUCUUACCGCCGGAGAAAGGGGCACAUAGCUACAUGUGGCUGCGUCAUUACUUUUUCACGAUGUAUCGGCGUCUUUUCAGCGUUGUUUUCAUCGGAAAUCUGGCGACCAUUCUUACCAUCUUUGCUUACCGUCGGACUCUGAACAAUCUGCAACUCUCGGACCUGGCCACUGCCACAGCUUCGAACAUCACGGUUGCUUUGCUCAUGCGACAGGAGUAUGUUAUUAAUCUCUUAUUUACCGUCGCUUGUGCUGUCCCGACCUGGAUGCCGCUGUGGAUCCGACGAAAUUGUGCCAAAGUAUUCCACAUUGGAGGCAUCCAUUCGAGUGCUGGUGUAGCAGCGGUUUUCUGGUUUAUUACACUCACAGUUACUGCUACAAUAGGUCUUGCGGCUCCGGAAGGGACUUCUCUGGGAAAAACUAAUCCCGCGAUUGUGUUGAUCGUAUACAUAAUCCUCGCCCUCUUCAUCUCUAUUCUCGUCACCGCAUACCCAUCCUUCCGCGCAAAGCAUCACGACAUCUUCGAAAGGACCCACCGUUUCGCAGGCUGGAGCAUCCUAGCUCUCUUCUGGAUUCUCACCGUCCUCAGUGCCGAUGCCUCUCGGGGACACCUGCCCCUUUCCAAAGCCCUCACCAGUGACCCGACCCUCUAUCUCCUGAUCAUCUCCACCAUCAGCGUCAUCCUCCCGUGGCUCCGUCUCCGCAAAGUUCCUGUGCGCUCCGAAGUCCUCUCCUCCCACGCCAUCCGGCUGCACUUUAGCUACACCAAUACCUACCCGGGCACCGCGAUCCGCAUCUCCGAGCGGCCCCUUACGGAAUGGCACGCUUUUGCCACCGUAGCCAAACCCGAAGUUGACGGCUUCAGCCUCGUGGUCAGCAACGCGGGAGACUGGACGAAACGCCAGAUUGGGCGUGCCCCGGAAAGGCUCUGGACUUUUGGCGAGGAGAUUAUCGCUUCGGUCCGGGGCGCGGAUCCCCAUGCGGUUAUCUGGAACACUAGGAAACAGGGGAAACCGGAUAUGGUGAGGGAGGCUUGGAAACUGGUCGCUGAGUCUGGAACGACGAGCAAGGGGAGGUACGAGGUGGAGGCGGUUUGUGUUAUUGCGAAUAAGAGGGUCACGGAGAUGGUGGUCAGAGGGAUGGAGGUUAGAGGGUUGGCGGCUUAUGGGGCUAUCUUUGAUUCCUGA